CAGAGCGCCGUGCGGUCAGCGCCGCAGCUUCACCGCAACAUGCCGGGCAAAUGUAAGUUCCAGGACUCCUGGCUGUCCAAGGGGAUGUACAAGGACUGGCUGGUGAAGGACCUGCAGGACAUCCACUUCGCCCGCUGCAGGGCCUGCUGCAAGGCCAUCAAGCUGCAGACGAUGGGCGAGGCUGCGCUCACCAGCCACGCAGGAGGAGCCGGACAUAAAGCGGCCGUGAGAAAGCUGCGGGAAGCAGACGGUGUGAUUCUGAUUAAUGCCGCUGGGCAGACCAACGGCAGCGUGAAGCAGGCUGAGGACUGCAAGGACCAAGUGGCCGUCUGCCUCCAGCGGGACGCUUUGGACAGAAUACCAGGCAGCGACUGGUCCACUCUGCACCGCAGCCCCACCACAAACUCCAACUCCCACAAUGCAGAGCUACAGGACGUGACAUAUCCUGCAGCCUACUUGACAGCCCCAGGCACCUCCCAUGUCAUCAGCCAGCGUCUGCACCCGACAGGCAGCGAGGCGGAGGAAGCGACCCGCCGCUCAUCUCAGAGCGACCACGCCGACCUGUCGAGACAGGAGCAGCAGCAGAGGGCAGACGCUCUGGAGCAGCAGCAGCAGAUGAAGAUCCUGGAGUGGGAGAACAGGAUGAAGGUGCUGGCGUGGGAGCAGGAGCUGGUGAGGGAGAAGAGGAGAGCGGCGCGGCAGAAGGAGAAGGCCUUCAGGAUGAAGAAGACCUACUACAAAGCCAAGCUAAAGAGGAUGGGCGAGGAGGUGCCGCCAUCGUCCUCCAGCAGCAGCGAUGAAGAGGCCAAAACGUACGGACCGUCGGGAUGAACUGUUCUCAUUGUUGCAUUUUUAUCAGUACUUGUAUUCUCUUGUCUAUAUGCCUGAUAUUUUUAUACGUUGUCUUGUAUUUUAACGUAAAAGGAAGGACUCUCAGUUGCUUUAUAUCAGCCGUUCUUACGCAAAGAGGGGAAUUUACUUCCCUGUGUGAAGUUUCUCUGCUUUGGUUGUGGUUGAAAGCACAAGUGAAAGUAUUUGAGUUGCAGAAAACUCAAAAGUUACAUAACAGAACCGUUACGUUAUUCCAAAUGGUCAAACUACCAAACAAUCCCUCUGCAACACAACCACCACCUUCUCUGCCUAAGUGAGCUUUCAAAGAUAUUAAGGACAACUUUAAACAUUAAAGAUGUGGUACUAACAGACUCAUAGAAGUACAUGGAAAAACUAUGAAUAAUGAAUACUUUGCACAUCUUGUAGAAAAGGGGUUGAGAUCAAAAUCACAAUGUUUUGUUUUAUCUGUCAUUUCAGUAUUCAAAAUGAGAUGUUCGUUGUUUUUUAAGGUUGAUAGUGUCUGUAAAGGUCAUAGCCUUAUUCUAGGGAGAAUGUACGUCAUUUUAAAGAAUGUAUUGAUAUUACAUCUAAUCACUGCAGAUGUAGAAAUUAAAUGACAUUCCUUAGUGGACAAUCUUUUAUCAUGAUUUUACCUGCAAAGUUUCUUUUUUUCAUGUUAACAUGAGUAUGUACGCUUAAACUUUAGUCUUUGCUUUAUAAAUAAAUUUGUAUUUGGCUCAAAG